AUGGUCAAUUUCACUACCGACGWGAUCCGCGGGCUCAUGGACAACCCAGCCAACAUCCGUAACAUGUCCGUCAUUGCCCACGUCGACCACGGAAAGUCGACCCUCACCGACUCGCUCGUCCAGCGUGCUGGUAUCAUCUCCGCCAAGAACGCCGGCUCAGCGCGUUUCACCGACACUCGUGCCGACGAGCAGGAGCGUGGUGUCACUAUCAAGUCGACUGCCAUCUCCCUCUUCGGUGAGCUUCCAGAGGAGGACGACCUCAAGGACAUCCCCGGUCCCGUCAAGACCACCAAGAACGCCUUCUUGGUCAACCUGAUCGACUCGCCUGGUCACGUUGAUUUCUCAUCUGAGGUUACCGCUGCUCUCCGUGUCACCGACGGUGCGCUCGUUGUCGUCGACACCAUUGAAGGUGUGUGCGUGCAGACCGAGACUGUGCUCCGCCAGGCUCUCGGUGAGCGCAUCAAGCCCGUCGUUAUCAUCAACAAGGUCGAUCGUGCCCUUCUCGAGCUCCAGCUCUCCAAGGAGGACUUGUUCCAGAACUUCGCUCGUGUCAUCGAGUCCGUCAACGUCGUCAUCUCGACUUACUUYGACAAGUCUCUGGGUGAUGUCCAGGUCUACCCCGAGAAGGGUACCGUCGCUUUCGGUUCCGGUCUUCACGGCUGGGCUUUCACCAUCCGCCAGUUCGCCACUCGUUACGCCAAGAAGUUUGGUGUUGACAAGACCAAGAUGAUGGACCGUCUCUGGGGAGAGUCCUACUUCAACCCACACACCAAGAAGUGGACCAAGGUUGGCACACACGAGGGCAAGUCUCUCGAGCGCGCUUUCAACCAGUUCUGUUUGGACCCCAUCUUCCGCAUUUUUGACUGCGUCAUGAAUUUCAAGAAAGACGAUACCACCAAGCUCCUUGAGAAGCUCGAGAUCAAGCUUGUUGGUGACGAGAAGGACCUCGAGGGCAAGCAGCUCCUCAAGGUUGUUAUGCGCAAGUUCUUGCCAGCCGCCGAUGCGCUCAUGGAGAUGAUGAUUCUCCACCUCCCAUCCCCCAAGACCGCCCAGGCAUACCGCAUGGAGACCCUUUACGAGGGUCCUCCAGAUGACGAGUCUGCCAUUGCCRUCCGCGACUGUGACCCCAAGGGACCUCUCAUGUUGUACGUUUCCAAGAUGGUGCCCACCUCCGACAAGGGCCGUUUCUACGCCUUCGGUCGUGUUUUCGCCGGUACCGCCAAGUCCGGUCUCAAGGUCCGCAUCCAGGGACCAAACUACGUCCCUGGCAAGAAGGAGGACAUGUUCAUCAAGGCCAUCCAGCGUACCAUUCUCAUGAUGGGUCGUUACACCGAGCCAAUCGAGGAUGUGCCAGCCGGUAACAUUCUUGGUCURGUCGGUAUCGAUCAGUUCUUGCUCAAGUCUGGUACCCUCACAACCUCCGAGACCUCGCACAACCUCAAGGUCAUGAAGUUCUCCGUCUCUCCCGUCGUGCAGCGCUCCGUCGAGGUCAAGAACGCCAACGAUCUGCCCAAGCUGGUCGAAGGUCUCAAGCGUCUGUCCAAGUCCGAUCCUUGUGUCUUGACUUACAUCACCGAGUCCGGUGAGCACGUUGUCGCCGGUGCCGGUGAGCUGCAUCUCGAGAUUUGCUUGAAGGAUCUCGAGGAGGACCACGCUGGUGUGCCACUCCGCAUUUCCGACCCCGUCGUUCAGUACCGUGAGACCGUCACCGCCGAGUCCCGCAUCCAGGCUCUUUCCAAGUCACCAAACAAGCACAACCGUAUCUACAUGGUCGCACAGCCAAUGUCUGAGGAGGUUGCCGGCGAGAUUGAGUCUGGCAAGAUCGGACCACGUGACGAUAUCAAGGCUCGCGCCCGCAUUCUCGCUGACGAGCACGGAUGGGACGUUACCGAUGCCCGUAAGAUCUGGUGUUUCGGCCCAGACACCAACGGUGCCAACUUGCUUGUCGACCAGACCAAGGCCGUCCAGUACCUGAACGAAAUCAAGGAUUCCGUUGUUUCCGGUUUCCAGUGGGCCACCAAGGAAGGUCCCGUUGCUGAGGAGCCAAUGCGUAACAUUCGCUUCAACAUCAUGGAUGUCACUCUCCACGCCGACGCCAUUCACCGUGGUGGUGGUCAAAUCAUCCCAACUGCGCGUCGUGUGCUUUUGGCAUCCACUCUUCUCGCCGAGCCCGGUCUCCUCGAGCCCGUCUUCUUGRUCGAGAUCCAGGUUCCAGAGCAGGCCAUGGGUGGCAUCUACGGUGUCCUCACCCGUCGGAGAGGUCACGUUUUCGAGGAGGCCCAGCGCCCCGGUACCCCACUGUUYAACGUCAAGGCAUACCUCCCCGUCGCCGAGUCAUUCGGUUUCAACGCAGAUCUCCGUGCCGCCACCGGUGGCCAGGCCUUCCCACAGUUGGUGUUCGACCACUGGCAGAUUCUGCCCGGUGGUAGCGCACUUGACCCCACCAGCGUUGUCGGUAAGGUCGUCGAGACCAUGCGUAAGCGCAAGGGUCUCAAGGAAGCCGUGCCCGGCUACGAGAACUUCUACGACAAGUUGUAA